CCGCCCUCUCCCACUCCAAAAGAUCCAAAUUUUACACUGUUAUUGCAAAAUUUGCAAUUUGGAUCAAGCAGUACCCAAAUUCUCUUGAGAUUUUGAUCCAAAAAUUGGGGGUUUUUCACUUUUUUGUGAUCUCUGUGAAUGGCCCAGUUCACAAAAUCCGAUCUUUUUCGCCGGAAAUUGAUGGAUUCACCCCCACCAACAUCCACAAAUGGCUCAGGGGAGCACAGCAAAUCGAGCUCCGCCGCGAUGCCGAUAAUGGUUUCGAUCCUCGUCGUCGUGAUCUUCGGCACUUCGCUUUACUGUGUAUAUUGUUGGAGAUGGAGAAAACGCAAUGCGAUUCGCCGCGCUCAAAUCGACAGUUUGAGGCCUCUAUCCAAUUCAGAUUUGCCAUUAGUGGAUCUAGCAACAAUUCAAGCAGCUACCAACAAUUUUGCGAAGGAUAACAAGCUCGGAGAAGGAGGAUUUGGCCCUGUUUAUAGAGGUGUUUUGAGUGGUGGGGUGGAGAUCGCGGUGAAGCGGCUCUCGACGAAGUCGAGGCAGGGCACCGUCGAGUUCAGGAACGAGGUGGAGUUGAUCGCGAAGCUCCAGCACAGGAACCUGGUGAGGCUUCUUGGUUGCUGCGUUGAGAGAGAUGAGAAGCUCCUCAUCUAUGAGUACCUUCCUAAUAGAAGCCUCGACGCCUUCUUAUUCGGCGAGUCCGAUUCAAGCAAGCACGAUCAACUGGAUUGGAAGAGAAGGCACCCUAUUAUCAUGGGGAUCGCUCGCGGCCUUCUCUACCUCCAUGAGGAUUCUGUGCCGAAAGUGAUUCAUAGGGACUUGAAAGCUAGUAACGUGUUGCUGGACAACAAGAUGAACCCAAAGAUCUCAGACUUUGGCAUGGCGAAGAUCUUCGAAGGGGAAGAUAAUGAAGUGAAUAUCGGAAGAGUGGUCGGAACAUUUGGAUAUGUGGCUCCGGAGUAUGCGAUGGAAGGCAUUUUCUCCGUUAAAUCAGACGUUUUUAGUUUCGGAGUUCUGCUUCUAGAGAUUCUGAGUGGGCAGAGAAAUGGAGCUUCUUAUUUUCAGCAACAUGGCCAGACCUUACUCCGAAAGGCUUGGAAAUUGUGGAUUGAAGAUAGAGCAACAGAGUUCGUCGACCCAUUGCUCGGAGAUUCGUACUCGACGACCGAAGCAUGGCGGUGCUUCCACGUGGGGCUGCUAUGCGUGCAGGAAAACCCCGACGACCGGCCAACGAUGUCGAACGUGGUCCUCAUGUUGAUAAGCGAGCAAAUGCAGCUCCCCAUGCCUACCGAACCGCCGAGUUUCGCCGACCGGCCUGCAGCCUCCGGGUCAGACCUGUCGUCGACCACGAAGACCAAUUCGACGAAAACAAGGUCUGUGAAUGAGGUCACAAUCACCCUCAUUGAACCUAGGUAGCCAAGGAGUGAUUUUGUAGUUGUUCUUUUUUUUUCUUUUUCUUUUUUGAAGCAUGAUUGGUGUGUUUAUUUAAUUCUCUUGCUCAUAUUGGGUGAUCA